AUGGCCAGCAGCAGCAGCGCCCCCGCUCUGCUGCGGCGCCUGCCGGCGCCUCGCCGGCAACAAGUCAAGGGGGAACCAGUGGUCGCAGCAGCAGCAGCAGCAGCAAGUGCAGCAGCGGCAGCAGAGUAUCUGGCUGCGGCAGUUCGGGGCCUCGAGUGCAGCGCGGAAACAGCAGAAGUGCUGCAGGGCUAUUUGGGGCGGCUGAGCUCCCGGGUGUCUAAGGAAGUGGAGCCGCUGCUGAAGCGGUGGGUGCAGCGGGCCCUAGACUGCUGCGAUCUUGCUGCUGCAUGCCGCAUGCAUGCACAUUUGCUGCUGCUGCUCAAGGAUUCUCUGUGGGAGGAGCUGAGCCCCCAAAGCGUAACAGCAAUUGUGUCUUCUCUUUUUUUUCUUUUUGCUCACCAUUCCUUUGCGGGCGAGAGCGCCGGCAGCGCCCUUUCUCUGCAGCUGCUGCAGCAGCAGCAGGGGCUCGCCCGCAGCAGCAGCAGCAGCAGCAACGCAGCCACCCCGGGGACCCGCAGCGGAACGGGAGGCGACUCUGCUGCUGCAGCGUCCGCAGGGGACACUGCAGCAGCAGCUGCUGCUGCUGGAGAGACCCUGGGAAUAUCGGAUGCAGAGAUUUAUCAGCUGCUGCAGGAGCAGCGUUUGCUGCUGAUUCGGUGGCUUGACCUGCACCCCGAAGCAGCAGGAGCUGUGCUGGAGACUGCCAUACAGUCCGUGACCUUUUCAGGGACCGGCAUGAGCACUGCGCGGGCAGCAGCAGCAGCAGCAGCAGCAACAGCAACCGCAGCAGCUGCUGCGGAAGAGACUGACGCCGCUGCUGCUGCUCUCGCAGCAUGCGCUGCUGCUUCGAACGUCUUCGCACCUGAUAGAGGCCUGGCUAUGCCAGUGGGCUGCAGCUCGACAGGGAGAGGAGCAGCAGCAGCAACUCCAGCUGCAGCAGCAGCAGCAGCAGCAACAGCAGGUGCUGGCCCGUCUGGGUGUCGGCGGUGGCGUGCGGUUGAGGGUCUCGGUGUGUCAGGACGGUACAUUCCUGCUGCUGCUGCUACUGGGGACAGCAACAGCCGGGAGGCCGGGGAGGAAGCUGCUGCUGCGGGUGCUGCUGCUGCUGCAGCGAAGCGGGCGCAGGCGCAGGACCAGCAGCAGCAGGAGCAGCAAGAGCAGCGCGCCUCGGGAGGCGUGGGGCUGCUGCGGGGGGCUGUUGUUGCUAUGCAUGCAGCAAUGAAGCGCAGCACUUUGCGGCUGCUGGGGGGAGAGACUCCCCAGCUUCCUGCUGCAGCGGGACAAGCAGCAGCUUACGCCGAGGCCCUCAAGGCUUCGCUCGCCAUGGAGUCGGAGGUCCAGGCCAACCUCCAAACAGCUGAGCUCUCGCUGCGGCAAAACCACAUGCAGCUGCUGGGCUUCUGGGCGAACAGCUUCGGAGACUUUUUGCAGCUCUUCGGGGCCACCAGUCGCUCGGCGCCGAUUCAAACAGCAGUUGUUGAGGAGACCCCCCAGCGCCUUUGGCUGCGCCUUCUCGGGCUCGACCACGACCUCGUGCGCUGGGCCCCUUGCCCUUCUUUCUUCACAACGAGUGAUGCGCUGAAGAGUGCUUUCCCCAGGGAGUACCGCGUGAGGAGCAGCAGCUGCAGCAGCUGCAGCAGCAGCAGCAGCGGCAGCUGCAGCAGCUGCAGCAGCUGCUUCGAAGCCGAGGAGGCCUGGGUGGCCCCCUAUGCCUCAGCGUUCUUCUCUAGGCACUUUGUGGGGUCUCAGGUGUACGUACAGCGCGCGCCCCGGCUAAAAGGCCUUCAGGCAGCUCACCAGCUCUUUGAAGACUGGACUCGAGGGGUCUCCCGCCGCGCUGCUGCUGCUGCCUCUGCAGCAGCAGCAGCAGCAAAACCCGGAAAAGCAGCAGCAAGACGCGCAGCAGCAGCAGCAGCGGAGGAAGCCAGCGGAGCCGGGACACCUGUCACAGACGGGGACGCAGACUCCGUGUAUUCGGACACGGACUUCAGCAGCAACAGCAGCAGCAGCAGCAUCAACAGCAGCGGGAGCCUCAUGCGGUUUCUUGUGUGGGUCCACGACGCCGCCUCUCUAGACACAGAAGACCCCAGAGAACUGCUGCCAGUGGAGGCAGCAGGGCCUGCGGACUUCAGGACUUUGGCGGAGGCCUUCGAGGCCCAAGCAGCUCGCAGGCCUGAUGAGGGCCCCACUGUCGCCUGUACGCCGCUUGCUGCUGCUGCUGCUGCUGUUGCUGCUGCUGCUGCUGCUGCGGCUGCUGCUUUGCGCGCAGUUGUGGCGUGCGUAGAGCUUGUGCAGCCCCAUGGGGUGUGUCUUUGUCCGCAGCUGCGCUUCUAA